GGACAAUUGGCUUUGUUGACACACUGAAAGGCGGUAGAUGAAAAUUGUUUAUUGGUGUGAGAAGCAUGAUGUGUUUUUGUGAUUGAAGGAAUCUGAUGAAAGACAUGGACGAUUUUGUAGUAGUUCAAGUGGAAGAAAUAUUACACUCCAGAUGUUGUUAUCGUCUGGUCUGCUUGAGCCUGGUGAGGGCACUAUGGCCAUUGAAUACCUGGGACAGCGUUUCGUAGGAGAUCUCCUGCCUGAUGGUAAAAUUAAAUCCCAAGAAACUGAUAUAAUCUUUGCUUCUCCAAGUGCUUGGGCAAUCCAUUGUAAACGAAUUAUCAAUCCAGAUAAAAAAUCUGGUUGUGGUUGGGCAUCGGUUAAAUACAAAGGAAGAAAGUUGGAUGUCUAUAAAAACGCUUGGUUCAGGAAGAAAAAGGAAGAAGAACAGGAUAAAGAAAACAGAGAUACAGAUGACGAUGAAAUGGAGAAGGAAAAGCUCGUGUCAGUGCAGCGGAUUGUGAAACAUAAUGUGUUAGGAAUUCGUUCCAUCAAUCAUGAUCCAAACACGUUGGUUGAGAGCACAGCAUUUUCAAGCCUGGGGAAAAUUCAGCCAUUUCUGGUUUCCAUGUCUACUAAUGCUGUUCUUGUUAUGGACUUCCAUUGUCAUUUAACUACCUCAGAAGUUGUGGGAUAUUUAGGAGGUCAUUGGGAUGUGAACGCACAUAAUCUCGCAAUCACACAUGCGUUCCCCUGCAAAUGUCGCUUGGGAGACAGGGAGAUGGCACCACUUGUUGAAGCAGAUAUUUACCGUGCAAUGGAACAACGUCACCUUACGCUUGUGGGAUGGUAUCAUUCCCAUCCCUUCACAGCAGCCACACCAACACUACGGGAUAUAGAUGCUCAGUUGGAGUAUGAAAUAAAGAUGAAAGGAAACAGUGAUGCUAGUUACACACCAUGUGUUGGUGUCAUCUGCUCUCCAUACAAUAAAGAUAACCAGUCUCUAGAGUCUGCUAUUGUGAGCUAUUGGGUGAUGCCGCCUCCAGAGAGCAAACCUCAUGAUUAUGGGAAGCCAAUGCUUAUGAGUUACAGUGUUGUGCAGGACCAGUUCCUAUCCCAAGAUGCACUUAAUGAAAUGAAACGUUGUGUUGACUUCUAUAGAAAUGAAAGUGACUUUAUAAAUUUCUCGGAAAGUUACAGAGGAAACAUUAGCUACCUUGAUAAGCUCAAGACAACAUUAUCAUCAAAAUUCCCACGUGAUCAAAGUGAUGGCAUCCUUUGGAGUUUCAUUUGUGACCUUGUGUGCCCUGGGGGAGGAGCUACAGAAAAUGGUCUUAGUUUUCUGAAUAAAUUAUUUGGCAGCCCAGAAAUUCAAAAUAGUAGUCCUGUCCCCUUGGAUAAAGUGAACCUCCUAGUUCCCAGCAUUCCAAUGGCAUCCUCGGCUAAAUCAUCACCUGUUAACUUGGCAGGUGGGAAUAUGAUGAUGAGUGCGGACAUUGCUGCAGCAUUAUUUGGAAGCGGAAAGUUUCCAUCGCCUACAUCUCUCAUGGGUUUAUCUGCAGAAGCUAGUAGGUCUUUAAUUGGAUCAAGUGGUAUUAGCAACAUGUUUAUGCCACCUUUGGGUUUUAAAAUGGAUAAUAUUAGUUUAUUGAAACCUCUUACAAACACAGUUUCUAAUCCAGUGGCAAGUACUUCAAAAGCUUCCAGUCCUGUAGCUUCCAGUCCUGUUUCAGACACUAGAAGUGCAUCACCAGCAAAGACACCACAGACUGAACCUGUAAAUCUGACAGCUGCAGAAAGUACUGAAAAAAAUUCUACAGUGAUAAACAUGGAAACAACAUGAAACUCCAUGUUUUAAUUUUAAUGUUGUAGUUAUUAUAGUAUUUUAAAACUGUAAUUUAUAUUUAACAUUUUCUAAGCAGUUCACUUUCCCAAGUGACAAUUUUCUAUUUUGUUGACGUGUGAUGAGGGAUAUAGAAUAUGGACCAUUUUGGAAUAGUGCAGGUAAUGUCUGUACAUUAUGUACAGGCUGGAUAAUAUGACUGGAAACACUUGUUUGAUUUUUGUAUUAUCGGAAUACACUUACUUUCAUUGAAGCAACAGAAAUUUCUGUGCAGACAUUUCUGGUUAAGGAGUUCUUCAUGUCUCAGAAUCUCCUUUUAGGGAUUGUGUGGAUAAACUGUGUGUUUAUUUUAGAAUUACUGGUAGGAGUCAGCCAGCAAAAGUGACCACCUGAGUAUUACAGAUAUGUUAAAACAGGGCUGAGAAUUGAGCACAGUCCCUUGUGCUUUACAGGCAGUGCUCUUUCUUGUGGAAUCAAAGCACUUGACACACAUCAUCUCAGUAAGUCAGUAUGACACUGUGUCUCUCCUUUCUCACCAUAUCCAUAUUGGUCUUCGUUUCCUUUUACUGCCAUUGACAACGAGAAACAUUUUACUGAAACAAAUGUACAGUAAUAUUUUUAUUAUACAGUGCCUUUUACGUUCAUGUUGUGUAAUACAUAUGUGAUAAAACUGAAUGGCUGAUGUAAGUUUUGAAAGGCAUUAUGAGGGAAAAAUAUGAAUUUACUUAUGUAGGUUAUGUAAUAGUGACAUUAAUGUCAUGGGGUUCUUAAAAAUUUUGUCUUCAUUGUUGUAAAUAAAAAAUUCUUUGCUCUGAAUAGGAUAUUGA